UUAAGCCUGCAUCUAUUGAUAUGUCCUGUGAAGGAGACCUGGAAGUUGGCAAAGGUGAACAGGUGACAAUAACACUGCCAAAUAUUGAGGGCUCCACUCCACCAGUGACUGUGUUCAAGGGCUCAAAGAAGCCGUACCUAAAAGAAUGUAUCUUAAUUAUCAACCACGACACUGGAGAAUGUCGCCUAGAGAAACUGAGUAGCAACAUCACUGUGAAAAAAACCAGAGCUGAAGGAAGCAGUAAAGUCCAGUCUCGCAUAGAGCAGCAACAGCAGCAAAUGCGAAAUGCAACGAAGGUUCCAAACAACGUGAAAAAUUCUCCACCAAAAGAAAAGAUAUUCCCAUCUUCUCCUCUGGAUGACAUUGAACGAGAGCUAAAAGCAGAAGCCAGUAUCAUGGACCAGCUGAGUAGCUCUGACAGUUCAUCUGACUCUAAAAGUUCUUCAUCCUCUUCAUCAAGUAGUGAAAAUAGCUCUAGUGAUUCUGAAGACGAGGAAAUGAAGCCCUCUCUUCCCAUGUCAAUGCCGUAUUUGCAGCCGCAGCCUGCUGCGUCUGCCACACCACAACAGGCUGUCCCUGACAAAGAUGCCAGUCAUAACAGAUCCCAGGAGGGCAGUGGUCAUAUGAUGAAUACACUACGAAAUGAUUUGCAGCUGAGUGAAUCUGGAAGCGAUAGUGAUGACUGAACAAAUUUUUGGCCUUAAAUGUAUCACCUAUAUUGCUAAAUAUGUCUUAGCAUCUGUUUUGCACUAAGAUUAGAUUACCAGAGACUGGAAUGAAUGUCCUCAAUUUUGAUAAUAGACAUCCUAAUUUUCUACUGACACAUCACAUCUAUAAUACAGCAGCAUUGAUAUCCUGUCAGUGCUAUGGUUAUGUGUUUAUCUUUCAAAUUACUGUAUUUACAGUAAAAUUAUAUAUGAUCUGAUUUUGAUUAUUUUUGCCUCAGCCACCUGUUUUACUUGAAACUGAUUUGUAACAGCUAGUUACUUUAUAUAAAUAGUUAUGAAAUGGAGAAUGGAGUUACGGAGAAAUUUCUGAUAUUUAUGGAGGCAAGUUUCCUUCCUAUCAUUUAAAUGCUGGGUGCUGAUCUCACAACUUGGAGGGAGUGAAAGGGAGGACAACUAAAUGAGGUCUGCUGCGUCAGCUACGCUUUUUGUUCAGUUCACAGUUCAUACCUUUAAGGAAACUGCUGAAUAAUGUGGUCCACUAGUGCAGUUACAGUUUACAAUUGUUCAACACAUUGCUGAAUUCUUAAUUUCAUUGUAUUAUAGGACUUUAUAUUUCUGAGCCUCAAGAUUCCUGAGGGAACUUGUCUAUUCUCUGCCUUUUUUAUGUAACUUGAAUAGGCUGGUCUUUAUACAACCUUUUUGUAUCUAAAUUUAGAGAACUGCAGAGACAGCAAUGAAUUUUCUUCAUUUAAUUCUGUAACGGAAAUCAGAAAAUUUCUUUGUAGGAGUAUAAAAGUAAUUUAAUAAAGCAAUAUUUAUCA